AACUCCCAACGAAAAUAGCAACACUCAAUUUCAACCUCCCUCAUCUCAAGCAUCUGUUGAGGGUGGAAGUGGGCUUCCAGAGAAUGUGAUAACUGUUGAACAAGAUGGUGAUGAGGAUGAUGAAGUAGAAGUAGAAGAAAAUGGGAGAAAAAGAAAAUUGAAAUCUGCAGUGUGGAGUGAAUUCAAGAGGGUAAAGGUUGGAGAUGUUUGGAAGGCAAAGUGUAAUUAUUGUUCAAAGAAGCUUUCGGGUGUAACAAAGAAUGGUACAUCUCAUUUGAAAGCCCAUCUAGAGACAUGCAUCUAUCGAAAGAGGAAUCCUACAGAUAAGGUACAAAGCUCUUUGAGGUUCACAUCUAGUAGCGAACAAGGACAAGUGUCGGUGGAGAAGUAUGUUUUCGACCAAGAUGUGGCGAGAAAGGCCCUUGCUGAAAUGGUUGUUUUGCAUGAAUAUCCAUUGUCCAUUGUGGAUCAUGUUGGUUUUAGAAGGUACUCAAGUGCUCUUCAACCGAUGUUUAAGAUGAUCACUAGAAACACUUUGAAGAAUGACAUCAUUGGGAUUUAUGAGAUUGAGAAGAAGAAGGCCUUGAGCUUUAUGCAGAAGAAUAAUGCAAGAAUUGCAAUAACGAAUGAUAUGUGGACAGCUGAGAAUCAAAAGAAAGGCUAUAUGACUGUUACCGGACAUUUUAUUGACCAAGGAUGGCAGCUUCGAAGUUGUAUUUUGAGGUACCUUGCUGUCCUUUAGCUAUUAAUUGACAUAUCUUGUUGUCCUUUAGCUAUUAAUUGAUAUACCAUGUUGUAUGCCUGUAUUUUUAUAUGUAGGUUCAUUUAUGUUCCAUCUCCACAUAUUGUUGAAGCACUUAGUGAUGUUCUUAUGAAAUGUUUAAUGGAUUGGCACAUUGAUAAGAACAUAUCUACAUUAACCCUUGAUAAUUGUUCCACUAAUGAUGCACUCAUCACAUUGAUGAAUCGAAAGUUGAGAGGAAAGAAACCUUUGUUGGGUGGCAAGCUGUUGCAUAUGCGUUGCUCCGCGCACAUAUUAAAUUUAAUUGUCAUAGAUGGUUUGGAAGUAAUGGGUAGUGGGAUUGAAAAGAUUAGAAAUAGUGUUGCAUUUUGGUAUGCUACUCCUAAAAGACAUGAGAGAUUCCAAGAAAUAGCUGCACAAGUUAAUGUUGAAUGCAACAAGAAAUUGUCACUUGAUUGCAAAACUAGGUGGAACUCUACUUAUAUCAUGCUCAGUGUUGCUAUUUGUUACAAAGAGGCUUUUGAUCGUUUGGCUGAAUGUGAAAGAGCUUAUGAUUUUUCUCCAAGUGAGGAUGAAUGGAAGUUUGCUAGUGAAGUUUGUGAUAGGUUGAAAUUGUUCUAUGAAAUUACAGAAUUGUUUUCUGGAACACAAUAUGUAACAGCUAAUGACUUCUUUCCAAAGAUAUGUGCAAUUAGAGGACACAUGAGCAAGUGGCUAGAGUGUGAUGAUGAGUUAAUCAAGUCCAUGUCAAGUCGUAUGAUUACAAAGUUUGAUAAAUAUUGGACUGACAUUCAUGGUCUAAUGGCUAUUGCUGUUGUUCUUGAUCCAAGAUACAAAUUUGGAAUGUUGAAAGCAUGCUAUACACGUCUAUUUGGUGCACAAAGUAGAGCAAUGCUAGAGAUAGAAAAUGUGAGGAAAUUAUUUGAUGAACUGAUUAAAGAGUACAACAACAAAUGCAUUAAACCUGUUACUAGUGGUGGACAAAAUGCAUCAUCAUCUUGUGUUUCUAAUGCUUCCACAUAUACGGAUGAGUUGUUCUCUGCCAUGGAAGAAGAGCUCGAUGACAUGUGCAGUGAUGAAGAAAAGGCUAAGUCCGAGCUUGAUCUUUAUGUGGAUGAAGGUCGUAUUCCCAAGUCAAAGGAUUUUGAUAUAUUAGGCUAUUGGAAAAUUUCUGGGAUACGGUACCCUACUCUAAGGAUGAUAGCCCGUGACAUAUUUGCUAUUCCUGUUACAACUGUCGCUUCAGAGUCCGCUUUUAGUACUAGUGGUAGAGUGCUAAGUGAUCAUCGAAGUCGACUUACUCCCAAAACUUUAGAGGUUUUGAUGUGUGCACAAAAUUGGCUUCGUGUUGGUCAAGCAAAAGGAAAAGAAGAUUAUAUGGGUUUGUGGACUUGUCUUGAAGAUAUACAAGAAGAACUUGUGGAACUCUCCUUUGGAUUCUCCACGAUGCCAAAUGAAGAUAUUUGAAGGAAAAUUCACAAGAUGUCAAAUGAAGUUGAAUGCCAUUCAGCCAUGCUCAUUACAAUAAUUUGUUGUUGCAUUUGGAAACUAUGUAUGACUGUAAUUUCAUUCCAAGAACAUGUUUUAUGAUGCAUUGUAGUGUCUUUGCUACUUCUACUACUUGCUAUGGACUAUGUCACUAUGGUGAAAUGUUGUUGUAAGCCUGGAAUGUUAUCUAUUUAUGUUGUUGGAAUGUUGAAAUUAUUGUUUGAAUGUUGAAA